CUCACUAACCAUCAGCUCUGGCGAGCAAUAUGGGCCAUCUCUACAGCUGUCUUUCAAGAACGGCUUCUUAGUUUCGAAACAUGGUGAUGACCUGGGGCACCACGCCAUCAAAAGUUCUCCGAAUGAAAGCAUGGAGCAAGCGGACGAAGGCAUUGUCGAAGAAGCGCCUAUCGCUAUGAACAUACUGCGCGUAAACAAUGCGCCACAGUAUGAAGACAGUGCGAAAAACUGCAAUGGAAGUUGUUAUCAAGCCAAAGCGGAUAUCAAAGUUGGCUCGCCUUCAGCCGUGAGGAACCUCACAGUGACCCAAACUGUGCCUGGAGAAGUCGUGUACAGCUGGCAGCGUCCGAUAACUCCAAACGGUCCCCUGGACGGAUACAUCGUAACCACCGGUAACCUGGAGACGACGAAAGUGCUCAUCACCGAAGUGCCAGGCAAUGCAACCGAGCUCGUACAAAAGACCAUUGAACAGUACACGGGAUACAAAGUUGACGUCCAGGCUUACAACAUUCUGGACCCCUACGGACUCAAGAAGGCUGGUCCUGCGGCAAGUGUCGAAUUUCACAGCCUUGGUGAAGGGCCAAUGCCUCCAAUCCCGGAGCUUGAGGACACCUUCGAGCAUGAGGUGCUGGUAAACUGGACGAGGCCGACUGAUCUCCAAUAUUACGUCACGCACUACGUUGUGCGCUUGGAGAAAACUGCCGUAAACAUUACUGUCAAAAAGACGAGCGUCUGGCUCGAAUGCCUCGAGACGUGGCACUCGUACAUGGCGUUGGUUUCGUCGUGCACAGCAAGCGACACGUGUGGUCCACCGAAAAAGCUGUACUUCCAAACGGACGUGGGAGCUCCUGACAUGCCGAGGAACUUAACGAGCACCAGUGUUACGCGGUACGGCAUGAAACUAUCAUGGAACAGUCCUGAACAAGUCAGAGGUCCCCUUGACGGUUACAAGAUCACAUUCGUCAACUCCUCGAACGCCUUCAACGUGAUCACGAAAGAUACGGAAAUCACCGUGGACAACUUAUCAGCAGACUGCGUCUACAGCGUAUGUGUAUCGGCCUUCAACCAUGGUGCGCACCAGACCAAAGAAGGGCCGGCGGCUGCGAUACAAGUGAGGACCUUAUAUGGACCCAAGACUGCCUCACCAUGGCUCAGCGUCACCACGAUAACGCUUAUGGUUGUCGUCCCUGUCGUGUGCUUUGUCGUUCUGUCGGUUUACGUGGUGUACAAGCAGCUGCUGAAGAAAAGAGAGGACGAGGAGUUGCUGGCUUCUUCACAGUCGUGAACCAUCACUGAACUUCGAUUGAUUCCAGCGAGUCUGACCAACGUGUUUUGUGCGCGUGCGCGACGGCGAUUCGUCAAUGUGACGUGCACUUGGUGCAGAGAUCUUUUUAUUCCGAACUCGGUCAUUGAGUUUGGGAAAAGGUGUGAUGUGAACUUCGAUUCGCUUCAAUCUGUAUUCUGUUUUGUUGUUGAUGUUUUUAAAGGCAACGAGAGAUUUCUAUACACGUCGUGAAAGACCCUUCGGACAAGUGCGAGAACGAGCUCAAGUGCAAUUUCUGGUUGUGAAAAAAAAUAGCACGGCGUUCUCUGCAUGUGUCACGGACAUUUACAUCAAUAAAUAUUUAUAAUUUUUUAAGUAUCA